AUGUCGACGUUGGGGGAUGAACGCAGCGACAAGCGGCUGGAGCUGGAACGAAAAAAGCAGAAGUUGGCCGAAAUGAGAGAAGCAAGAAGACGAGCAGACGAAGAGAAAAAACGACAACUUCUUGCAUCUGUGCCAACUGAAAACGGGACCACAAGGCAAACUCUGACCUCAACUGAAGUGCAAGAACUACUAGCUGAGGUUGGAAUUCCUGCCGAACCAAGAUUAGAGAAAACACCGGAAAGAAGCAAUGGUUUGAGCGAUAGCGAUUAUCACCUCUCCCCGAUGGCUUCGCAGAUCAUGUCUGGCUCCCGAACUCUACAGCUUGAUUUCUCCAACGUUCUGUCUGUAGCUAUCCCCACAAAGGAUGCGGCACAGUACUCGAAAACAACACAAACGGAUGAUGAUCGCGUUUCAAUGGGAGAGUUCAGUACAGGCAGUCAGGAAUUCGACUAUGAUGAUGACAUGCUUCCCAUGGAUGGUGGAGGAUUCAGAGAUCGCGUUCAUUCUCACGACGUGGAUUCACCUAUGACGGAUGAUUUAGCUGGAAUUCUACCAAAUAUUCCUGGGUUCAACUUUACGAAGCAUAAAGAGGAGAAACACUGUAACAACAAACAACAUUCUUUUGGAAUGGGACGUGAAGAACUGGAGGCUUCUCUUGGUGAUAGUAGCGUUGUUGUCACAGCAGUAGCGAAGCCAGAACCAGUAAAAGAGGAGCCCGCGCCUGCUCGCGUUCCUGAUUUGAGCGAGGAAGAAAAAGCCCAAAUAAUGGCAAGCCGCAGUUUUCAGACUUUUUUCAACUACGCCGCAAAGGUCAUCGAACGAGCUCUUGCAGAAGCUGAAAGUGUGGAUAUCUUCGUAGAUUAUGCGCGAGACGGACGCAGUGAAGUAAUUGCAUCGAGUGAUCGCUUGGUUUUGUCUCGGAUAUUUUCUGACCCCAAAUGGUCUCAAAACAGGGCUGUUACCGGAAUCGCGUUUUCAGAGCAACAUCCGGAGUUGGUGGCGGUUUCGUAUGAAUCUAAUAAGGACAUCCCUUCAGAACCUCCGGGUGUUGUGCUGAUAUGGAAUACUAAGUUUAAAAAAGACUCACCUGAAUACAUUUUCCAUUGCCAGUCGCGACUCGCAUCCGUUGCGUUCGCGCGAUUUCACUCACAUUUGAUCAUGGCUGGCUGCUAUUCUGGCCAGAUUUGCAUGUGGGAUAAUCGAGUAGCCAAUAAGAAGACUCCUAUUCAUAAGAGUCCUCUUUCUACCUCUGCUCAUACACAUCCUGUGUACGCACUGGAGGUGAUAGGCAGUCACAACGCACAUAAUUUGGUAUCUAUAAGUACUGAUGGAAAAAUGUGUAGCUGGAAUGUUGACAACCUUACGCAACCAGUAGACGGCAAAGAAUUGUUGUCUCGACAAGGGAAACAGAUUCCUUGUUUGUGCAUGUCUUUCCCGGUGGCAGAUAUGAACAAUUUCGUAGUAGGUAGCGAAGAUGGCCAUGCUUAUGCCUUAAGCCGUCAUGGCACAGGGCAACCAAAUGCGCAAGAACACACCUUCUUUGAUGGUCACAGUGCACCGGUGUGCGGAAUUGCUUUUCAUCGUGCCACAGGUCCUGUUGAUCUCUCACAUCUGUUCUUGACGUCAAGCUCAGACUGGACUGUAAAAUUGUGGAGUACGAAGGAUCCCAAGUUACGAUUUUCUUUUGAAUCCCAUAACGAUUAUGUUUUUGACGUUGCAUGGUCACCGGUCCAUCCUGCUGUUUUCACUUCUAUAGAUGCAGAAGGCAAUCUGUUUCUGUGGAAUCUAAAUGAGGAUAUAGAGGGGCCUGUUGCGCGAAUGAAUAUCGCUCAAGAAGGUUUUCUAAAGAAAAUUGCUUGGGCAGAAAAUGGACAACACCUCUGCGUAGGUGAUGAUCAGGGCAAUUUGCAAUUAUUUGAUGUCCAUGAAAGCAUGUACGUGUUGCGAAGUGAGGAAUGGACAAGAUUUGCAAGAGUUCUGGCGGACAUGAAACAAGCAAAUGAAGAAGCAGACGAAAUGUCGGAACUGGAGUCAAUGUUUCUCCUCGACAAAACUGGUAGUCUGGUAUAUGGAUUUUGUGUGGCUCAUUUUCACCUUUCUUAG